AUGAAGGUGGAUAUUGAGGACAAUCUCCUUCUGGAUGGCGGUGACGCAAGCCAUAAUCGUACCGAGAGUCAUUACACCGGAGUGUUCAUCUGUGGCCCUCUCCUUGUCGCUACCCUACGCGAUUGGGGGUAUUGUCUGUUUCGAUGGAAAGCUUAUCAGAUUAACCACUUUAUCAGCGUGUUGAGAGAUAGUGGUAUGUUCGCUGUCAUCGUGUUUGUCAUUGUUGCUCAUGUCUUGCUAUCUGGCUUGUAUACCGACCGGCAUGGCGACGUCCGUGGUUGGAACUCUUUGCACCCAUCCAUGUCAUUCGGUGGAGGAAAUCCGGAUGACGUCCAACUGCUCAGACUAUCGCGAUCGGGAGGUACGAAGGAGCUUAUUCAUCUGACAAGCCUGUUUCAAGGUGCCUACGCUGUACACCAAGAUCUACAUCACCUUUCUGAAGGCGUCAAGUCCCCAUUCCAGUCGGUACAUCUAAUGUCAAAUACCAUGGUCAGCCUAACCCCAAAGACACGAGCAGAAAUGCGUCCUCAAUUCCAAGCCUUCUGCCGUGCCAUGCACCUCGAACCCACCUCGUCUACUAUCCUCGAUGGCCCCGCAGGUCCUGUCGAGAUGAGGCCUGCCGUACUAUCGAAAGCAAAGCCGUCGGUCCAAGCAACAGCAUCUUCUGCAGAUGCGCGCCCCCAGUAA